AUGUCGGAUUCAACUACCACCAGCACUACCACAUCCGAGACCACGACCGUCUCCACGUCGUCGACCGAGAGCACCAGCAGCACUAGCAGCAGCACUAGCGAGUCCAGCACAUCCAGCAGCAGCAGUUCGUCCGAGUCCAGCAGCAGCAGUUCAUCAGAAACUACUACUAUCCCUCCAACCACCACCACCACCACCACACCGCCGACCACCACCUCACCGCCCACAAGUCCCCCGACGACAACGACUGGAGGGAUUCUUACGGCAACUUCAACGCUAUUUGUCUCGGACACGAGGUCGGUGGAGCCAACGACGACCUCGGAUUCCAGCGGCGGGUCCAAAUCUUUCUUCGACAACACUGGUGCUGUAGCAGGCGUUUUUUCUGUCGUCGGCUUAAUCACCCUCGCCCUCCUUAUCGCCCUCAUCACCAACGGAAUCCGCCGUCGCCGAGCGAAGAAGUUCGAUCGCGAGCUCGCAGAGGCCACACGCGAGGCCGCGGCCGCUCCAGCACCCAUCUUCCUCGACGAUGACGACGACGAUCGCUAUGGCCCCGGAGGAUAUGGAUCAGGAGGAACGCAGGGAUUGGACAGGGGCUUCUCCGACGUGAGCAGCCAUGGCACGUAUGCGCAACCUGCGAUGAGCGCCGGUAGCCACGAAGCAUAUGGCAUGCGGGAAAUGGGGUACGGGCCAACAGGUCAUGGAGUUGGCGUGGGCGAGGUGUACGACCCGUACGGAAAUGCGGCGGCAGCAGGACCCGCAGGAGCAGCGGGCAUUGGUGUGGCACGUGCCAGAAGCAUGCGAAGUGAUGGCGGCUACGCUGCAGGCCUGCAAGAGGGCUCUACGCCGUACGCUGCAUUUGCCGCUCCGACUGCCCCACCUCCCGUGCCGCUGAUCCCUGGCCAGGAAUACGGGAGGGGCGCGAACCCGAGCAACAACCUCGCCGCCAACCUCGAACUUUUGGAGGCGGCGGGCAUGGGUGCCCACGUCGCUGGCGCUGGCAGCCUCGCACGCAACCAGUCGCAGUAUAACUCUCAGUACCAGAGCGGGUACGGUCAGCAGAACCUGCACCAGCGUAGUCCGUCGCAGCCACAGGACCAUGACCCACAGGUUCAACCACGCUCGCAGAGUCCUCCGUCGGCGAGCACCGCGGGUACGCAGUACUACAGCCCCAGAGCCGAUUCUUACUCUUCGCAUUAUUCCGGUGCGACGGCAGCUGCAGGCGGAGCUGGGGCAUACCAGGCUAUUGGGGAUCCAGCUCAAUACCCUGGCCCCCCGCAAGGACAAUAUCAGCAAGGGCCGCAGGGCCAAUACUACAACAACAGUGGCGCAGCCGCCAACCGUUACUCUGCCGCCGACGACAUGGAGGACGCCUAUGGUGGAUACGAAGCCGGUCCGUCUGAUUCUGCGCAGACGACCACGGCUAUGCCCCCUAGCUAUGCGUCCGGUCCUACCCAGCCGGCACCGAAAGAGAAGGAGGCUUGGAAGCGUCAAAGUGGGCUGCCGAACCCGUUCGGUGAUACGUCGAGUCAUGGGCAUGGAGAUGAUGCACGAAGGGAUAGCGGCGAGGAACCGAAGAGGGUUCUCAAGGUCGCAAAUGAGUAA